GCUUCUGGGCAUUGGUCUGGCUCUGCUGCUGCGACGCCCUAGCUGGCGAGGUUCAAAGGAUCAUGAUGGCAGAGUGAGCCCACCGCCCGUGUUAACGGCGGGGCCCGUCUAUCGUGCCCUUUGCCACCAUCUGUACGGUGGUCCACCGCCCUUCGAUAGCGUGCCUUGGCAGGCCUUGCCUGCCCCAGACCACAC